AUGAAUGAUGGUCUUCGAACAGAUAUAUUUUUACGUUAUACUCCAGAAACGAUUGCUUGUGCUUGUAUUCAAUUAGCUGCCAAAACUGUUGAUCAUCCUGUAAUUCUUCCCAAGUCUCCUCCAUGGUUUGAGCUCUUCGAUGUGUCUGAUUGUGAUAUUCGUCUUAUUUCUAAAAUAUUGAUGUGUCUUUAUACACGAAAAAGAGCUCCAAGUCUUGAUUUUAUUAAUUCACAAUUGAAGCUACAUCAAAAAGAACCUUCAGAUUCUAAUAAAAAUGAAGAGGAGGUGACUGAUAAAGCAUAUGCUGAUAUACAAAAAGUAGUUAAAGAAAGAGCUAUUAAAGCUAGUAAAAAAGGAGAUGAAAAAGCAGUGAGAAUUAAAAAAGUAAGUAUGAAACACGUUUUCGGCCCUCCAUUUCAUAUUAUGGUUGAUGCAACCUUUAUUAGUUAUUGCGUAAAAAAUCGAUUGGAUAUAAUGGAAGGAUUUGAGGAUUGUCUUUUUGAUAAAGUAAUUCCAUACAUUCCCAAAUGUGUUAUUGUUGAAUUGGAAAGGAAGGAACGUCGUUUUAAAUCAGUUUUGAAAAUUAUAAACGAUUAUCGUUGGCAAAGACUACAUUGUUCUCAUAAAAAAAGUAUCAAUUCAGACGAAUGUAUUAUUCGUAGAGUUGAAGAGCACAAAAACUGUGUCGUUGCUACUUGUGACAAAGAUUUACAUAGAAGUAUCCUCAAAAUUCGGGAUGUCCCAAUUAUUUAUAUUCGAGAUCAUCAACUUACAAUUGAGCGUAUGCCAAGUUAA